AUGGCCGAGUACAUCGACGCCGGUGGUUCUGCUAAUUAUAGGCGCGGGAGGCGAGUCACACUGCACUACCUGGUGAAGGCGAAGAUUCUGGUGGUAAAGGAUGCUGAAAGAGAUGAGAUUGAAUUUAUCACAAAAACUUUGAACUGCCUCCCAAUUGCCAAUAUUGAGCACUUCCGAGAGGACAAGCUCAGGUUCGCCAGCUCCAUGGAGGAAUCCUCGGUCGGGAACGGGAAGAUUGUGAAGUUCACAGAGAUCGAAGAUAUGGGAAGGACAACAACUGUUCUUGUUAGGGGUCAAUUCAUCCCUGUGUCACCUGCAAUUUUAGUGACAAAUACAUUAGUAGCUGAAGAUAAUGGUAUAUUUUUAUCUGAUCAUUCUCAUUUUAAAGAGGCGGAUCUCUUUGCAAACACAAAAAUGGUGAUACUAAUUGUCAGCUUGGAUCAAGCAGAAAUUAAGCCUCUCAUAAAAAUGUUUACAUUUUCUUACAGAUGCUUAGUAAAUAAGAAGUUUCUAAUUGCCGGUGGAGGUGCACCCAAAUGCCCAGGCAGCUCCGAGCCUGGGCAAAACUCAAAAGAGCUUCAAGGCAUGGAAAGCUACCGCACCAAGGAGUUUGCAGAAGCUCUCGAGGUCAUUCCCUACACUUUGGCAGAGAACGCCAGUCUAAACUCGAUAGCCAUCGUCACAAUGCUGGGAAUCAAUGUGAGGAAGGGGCAAAUCACAAACAUCCUGGAGGAGAAUAUCGUGCAACCGCUAUUGGUUAGGACCAGCACAAUCACGUUGGCAGCCGAGUGA